AUGGAUGUGCCAUACCCUCUUAGUACUAGUGAUAAAUGUGGGAAUCCAAGCUACAAAAUUCACUGCAAAAAUGGUAGCUUAGAGUUCUUGUCUGCUGAAGGAAUUUACUACAAAAUCCUCAGCAUAAACCCAAAUGCAUCUAGACUUAUUAUUAGUUCUCCUCUCAUGCAGAAUGACACUUGCAACUCUUUUGAUCUUUCUGUAGGCGGCUUAAGAAUUGAUGAGAACUCUCCCUUCAAUAUAUCGUCACGGAAUACUGUUAUGUUACUUAACUGCUCAGAGAGAAUUCUUUUAUCCCCAUUGAACUGCUCUUUAAACAGUCCUUGCAGGAAGUUUGAGAAUGAAGUUAAGGGUUGUAGAGAUACAGUAUGCUGCAGUUACCUGAAGGUGGAUUCUAAGACUUCUCAUAGAAUUAGGGUUAGGGUUGGUGGCUGCACAGCGUAUACUUCUGUGGUGGAUUUGAAGGCAGGAGACUCUAUCAAUGCUUGGCAGUAUGGCGUUGAGCUCCAAUGGCUAUCCCCUAAAUGA